AUGCUUGGCAUCCAAGGAACACUUAUCAAUGGUAGCAUUCCUGAUUCUAUUGGAAUGUUAUCAAACUUGAAAAAUCUGCACAUGGAAUCGAAUCAGUUGACAGGAAAUAUCCCGUCUUCCUUAGGAAACAUUAGAGGAUUGCUGUACAUUUAUUUGCAAGAUAAUAGCUUAGAGGGAACCAUACCUUCAAGUUUAGGAAAUUGUACAUCUCUCCAAACCUUAGACAUCGCUCAGAAUAAACUCAGUGGUAGUAUACCCAAGCAAGUAGUUGCACUCUCCUCCCUUUCGGUACUCCUUAAUAUGUCUUACAACUCUUUGAGUGGUCCCUUGCCUGUUGAAAUAGGUAACCUGACCAAUCUUGCUGCCCUUGAUAUAUCGAACAACAAACUGUCUGGUGAAAUUCCACACUCACUAGAGAGUUGUUCAUCCCUUGAAAUACUCUACCUGCAAGGAAACUUCUUUGAAGGAACAAUUCCUCCUCUGGAUGAUUUGAAAAACAUUCAGUAUCUUGAUCUUUCACGUAAUAACUUGUCAGGCAACAUUCUUAGGAGCAUCUACAAGCAUGUUUCAUUACAGAACCUCAACUUGUCGUUUAACCACCUUGAUGGAGAGGUGCCAGUUCAAGGUGUUUUUGCUGAUGCAAGUAGAAUUCAAGUAAUGGGAAAUAUGAAUCUUUGUGGGGGAAUUGAAGAGCUGCAUUUGCAUCCAUGUCUCAAGCAUGCAAAUAAAAGACCUAAGAAGCACAUUGCUCUCAUUUUGUUGCUGGCACUGGGUACCAGUGCUGCAUGUUUAACUUUGUUGCUGCUAGUUUCAUAUUGCUGUGUGAAAAAGGGAAAGCAUAGGCCUAGAACAGCAUCUUCAUUCAGGAAAGGAUACACCCAAGUUUCCUAUGAAGAUCUCUUAAAUGCAACUGGUGGGUUCUCUUCAAAUAACUUGAUAGGAUCAGGAAGCUUUGGCUCCGUUUACAGAGGAAAUCUUUCUCCAGAAGGAACAAUUAUUGCAGUAAAGGUACUAAAACUUGAAAAAAAGGGUGCUUCGAAAAGCUUUUUGGCUGAAUGUGAAGCCUUGAGGAACAUAAGGCACCGGAACCUGGUGAAGAUCUCAACUGUUUGCUCAAGUGUUGAUUUUGAUGGCAAUGAUUUCAAAGCUCUCAUUUAUCCAUUUAUGGAAAAUGGGAGCCUAGAAGAGUGGUUGCACCCGAAGGAGGGACAGAUGCUGCAGAAGAGAUUGAGUAUCUUACAAAGACUAAACAUCACAAUAGAUGUGGCUUCAGCAUUGCAUUAUCUUCACAGUCAAUGUCAUACAUCUAUAGUUCACUGUGAUCUUAAGCCAAGCAACAUUCUACUGGAUAAUGAUCUGACUGCUCUUGUUAGCGACUUUGGUUUGGCAAAGUUCCUGUCUGACGCGGGUCAAAAUGCUGAUGUAAAUCAGUUCAGCUCAAGUGGGAUUAAAGGCACAGUAGGUUAUGCUGCUCCAGAAUAUGGCAUGGGUGGCCAGGUAUCAAGUCAAGGAGAUGUCUAUAGCUUUGGGAUUCUUCUAUUAGAGUUUUCACUGGACGAAGACCAACCAGUGAACUAUUUGAGGACAAUGAAACUCUUCACAGUUUUGUUAAGCAGGCAUUGCCCCGUCAAGUGAUGGCUGUUGUGGAUCAAUCUACUUUCUACGAGACAGAGCCAGGGGAUCUGAAAGAUAUAUUCAGCUGCAGAAGUGACUUUACAGAUGAAUUUGUUGAAUGCUUAGUUUCUAUUCUUACUGCUGGAGUUGCUUGUUCAGAGGAAACUCCACAAGCCAGAAUAAACAUGGGUCAACUUAUUUUCGAUCUCAUUUCCAUCAGAAACAAAUUGAACAGAAUUUUAGUUCAUUCAGAGAAAGUGAAGAUCUCAAGAAAAGGUGAAUCAUAAUAUAGUUAGGGUUCACCUAUGCUAAUAGCUUUGCCUUCAUUGGUACUUUUCUUUUCUUGUUUCUCUUUGCGUCAACAUGAAUGUCAUGUUACUCAGAAAAGUUAAGAAUUACCCAUGUUUGACGUUUUUUUGGUAUUAAGCUAAAAAAACAAAAAACCUUGAUGGCUUUA